AUGGAUCAGUAUCAAACAAACGGGCGGUUGCUCGCUCUCUCCAUCCUCCAGGGUCUCAUCCCCUGCGUUGUCCUAGUCGCAACACCUAAACGAUCUGCUCUACGUUAUCUGUGUAUACCAUGUAUGAUAUGGAUCGUGUCUCAAAUGAUGUACCCUGUCCAGGCACCAGGGUAUACAUCCACCAAUCUCCUCGGAAACUCUGCAACCUUCGUCUUGACAGCUCUGGAUCUUCUGCUGAUCAACCCCCAAGCCGGGCGCGAAUUCGCCGACGCAAAUGGGAGCACUAAGAGCUUCUUAUCUCGUCUAGUUAAGGCUGUUCGGCUGCUCACAUGCACCCGAGCAAUCAACACACCCCGACAAGUGAAGAACGUCCCACCAUUUCCGGCAUACUACAAUAAGAGACACCCGAAGCUUAUCCCGCGAGGUCGCUUUCUGGUCAGAGAAACUGCUAUUGCUGUCUGGCAGUUUCUAGUUCUAGAUAUAUUCAGUGUAUUGGCCUUGAGACAGGCUAUGAAUGACCAAGACGAAGAAUCGUCAGUUUCCUCUGGCCUUCGAUGGGAUAUUCCGGGACGAGAGCUGAUAGCACAGGCUAUUCAGACUCUCAUCACUUGGCUUGUUGUGUCUCGGAUCCUGCUCAGCUUCUACUACCGCGUCGCUUCGAUCAUCUUUGUGAGCCUGGGGGAUUCUCCCUCGAAUAGCCCGCCGCUUAUCGGGAGAAUGGCGGAUAUAUAUACACUACGGAAUUUCUGGGGAAAAUUCUGGCAUCAAUUGCUACGGCUGCCCCUCACGUCGACUAGCAACUUUCUCACGCGCGAUGUCCUUGGUCUGCCUAGAUCGUCCUUUGUGGAACGUUACACCAACGUGUUUAUCGUUUUCUUUUUCUCCGGCUUGACCCACGCCAUACUUGAUAGGCUGCGAAACGUUUCACCAUGGGACUUUUGGACUAUGUCAUUUUUCCUCUCUUUCGUUGUCGGCUAUAUGAUUGAAGACGGUGUCCAGGGUCUCUGGAAACGAACGCUGGGUUCCCAGAACGGUAUCGGCUUGCCGGUGUGGUGGCAAAAGGCCGUUGGAUUUUGCUGGGUCAUCACAUGGCUGGGGGUUACAUCUCCUUGGUAUUUUAGGUCGGCGAUGCUAAAGCCGGAAGAACAGAUGGUUUUGAUUCCUUUCAGCAUUGCUGGGCUCAUUAGGCUUUCUGUGUUGAAGAGUAUAGUUAUUGGAGGUGGUCUUGUGUUGAAGUUUGUGUUCGAAGGAGAGAUUUAA